UCUGCAAACGAUGCUUCAAUGAAUAGUGGGUAUGGUACGCUUUCUGCCUCCGAACUGAACCCUAGCCCAUCCAGCGACAUUACCAAGUGCGCAGACUACAUGGAGAAAACUUCACCAGGACAGGGCGAUGCAGCAGUAUUGCAGAGUGACACAGUUGUAGCCAGUGUUCAAAACAAAAGAGAACUUCCCCCCCCCAGAAUCGGUGAAAAUCAUUUAUCGGGAAGGAAUGAUACUUUAGUUUUUUCUGCUGAAUUUGAACAUAAAGUUGACAAAACUCAAUGUGGAAAAAAACCCAGUAAAUCUUUGACAUCAUGGGCACAGAAGUUGAAGCAAAACCAACCAAAAAGAAUAAAUGCCGAAGAGGUACGUGUGAACCCUAUGCAAGAAAAUGAGCAAGCAAAGAAAUUACCACUUGAGAAUACAAACUGUACUGAUGCUGCUUUGCCACCUUACACUUUUUACCUCAGUCAACCAAGUGAAAGUCCGAAUUCUGUAGUGUCUGAAGCUUCAGGACUUUCAUACUGGAAAUUAGAUGAAAAGGAGAUGUAUCACUCUUUACCAGAGAAUUUUAGAAGUGAGUUCGCUGAUGUUUUCUCCACAAAAGUAUCACCAGAUCAGUUGUCUGCUGCUGAUGAAAUGAAGCUGUCGUCACUGAAGGAUAUUUAUCAUAAAAGACAAAGGGAGAACAAGCAGCUGCCAGACCAGAGUUUUAUGCCUUCUUCCCAGUCAAGUCACCCACCAGAGAUCUUGACCUUGGACCCAACCCUGCAUAUGAAACCAGGUCAGCAGAACCCAGGACGCUGCUUUUUCAGCAUUCCUGAAGAUACUUCUCCUUUUUCUCCAGACUCUAUGGCGGAGCCCGGGUUUUCAAGUCAUUGUGACACAGACUCUUUUUCACAUACAAGUAAUUCAUCUCAGUUAGAUGAUUCUCCAAAAUAUCCUGCCAGCAGCAGAGCUGUGCGUUUGGACCUCUGGAGAAAUCAACCAUUCCAGAAUGAAAGCAAAACCAGCUGUCCUUUUCCAAUGGCAUAUACGGAUGCUAAUAAUGAUAAUUUAGUCAACACUGAGCAGGAAGAAACACUGACUCUGACUCCAUCUUCUAUUACUCAGUGUGCUGACAACAGUUUGCCAGAAUGUAGUCUUUCAGUGACAUCUGUUGAAGAUCCUGUGGUAAUGUCAAAGAUUAGGCAAAACCUGAGGGAAAAACACGCUCGACACAUAGCUGAUCUACGAGCUUACUAUGACUCUGAGAUACAUAGCUUAAAACAGCAGCUAGAGGCAAGCCAUAAAACUGCUUCAUCGGAGGACUUGAAGAAAAUCAAUCAAAGUCUUGCUGACAGGUGUGACCACUUAGACGCGGCUCUGAAUGAAGCAAGUGCUCGCAUAAAAGCCCUUGAAAAUAAGAAUAAUACGCUAGAGAAGCAAGUGGCAGAUUGGAGAGAACGCUUUUAUGCAGUCAGCAAUACUUCCAAAGUUUUGCAAGAGCGUAUUGAAGAAAUGCGCACAAAUAAUAAAGAGAAGGAUAACACUAUCAGUCGACUAAAAUCGAGGCUUAAAGAUCUGGAGGAAGCAUUUGAAAAGGCUUACAAGUUAUCUGAUAAUAAAAAUACAAGGCUAAAGGAAGAAAAUAAAAUGUUUCAAAAUCUUUUAGGAGAAUACGAGUCCCUUGGAAAAGAACAUGAAAGAGUAAAGGAUACAUUAAAUGCAACUGAAAACAAAUUACUUGAUGCAAACACGCAGAUUUCUGAUCUGAAAAGGACAAUUUCAAAACUUGAAGCUCAGCUCAAGCAGGUAGAACAUGAAAAUACGUUGAAACUUCGCCAUAUUACUGAAGGUCAUUUAAGAACCUCUUGUACCAACAAGUUGUCAACUUCUGAUGUCAGCAGGCGAAAGUGGUUGAUACCAGGAGCGGAGUAUUCCAUCUUCACUGGCCAGCCUUUGGAAGUCCAGGAAAGCCCCAAAGAUAACAGAUUGGAGGAAACCUAUAUUCCUUCUAGGCGCCAUUCUCCUCCUGAAAAAGACUCCUCACAAGAAGACUCUUCAAUAAACACGAUAGAAAAGAAAGAAAACGAGAUGUCAGAAGCACCAAUUAUAAAAGCCUUUAAAGAACUGCAAGAAGGAAAAGCAUUUAAAGAUUGGGGUACACAGACAGAAAAAGAAGACACAUCAGCUAAAACAUCAAAUCGACGACAAACUGUUGGGUUCGUUGAAACUUCUUUAGUUGCUAACCGAUCCCCAGAGAAAGGUAAAGACCAACACAGACCGAAACGGUACAGCUCUCCUUGUGGCCAGAGGUCAUCGUCCCUUCCUCCUUCAAACAGGAAAUCAAAUACUCCAACAAGAAGAGAGAUAAUGUUGGCACCAGUGUCUGUGACAUACAGCCCAAAACGAUCUCCGAAAGAAAACCUCUCUCCUGGGUUUAGCCAUUUGCUUAGCAAAAAUGAAAACACGGUGACAAGAUUUGAUAUACUUCUAGAUGACCUGGAAGCUGGUCCUUCAUCUUCUUUACAGCACAAUAAUCCAAGAAAAAGGCUCCAGUUUCUCUCACUAGAUGAUGUAGAAGGAAGGCAGCAUUCAGGUGUUGGACACAGCUCUUGUGCUGAAUCCAUCAACACUGGAAAGAAGAAAGCGACAGUGUGGGACGAGGGGAGCAUAGCACAAAAAUAUGAGCCAGUGCCAUCACCUUCUGAGGGGGACUUCCAAUAUGCUGCAAGGAUGAAGACUCUGACUGAAACAGAGAGGCUUUUUGAUGAGCUGACUCAAGAAAAGCAACAGAUUGAGGCUGCAUUGAGUCGAAUACCUUGUUCCGGUGGAAGAAUGACCUUGCAAACAAGAUUAAAUCAGGAAGCUCUGGAAGAUCGCUUGGACAGGAUUAACAGGGAUUUGGGGUCAAUACGCAUGAUUCUGAAAAGAUUUCACGUUUUACGUACCUCUGCAAAUCAUUGACAAUUCUCUUGUGAAUGCAAAUAUGCUUUUUUUUUUUUUUGCACUACUAUGUAAUUAUGCACUCAGUAAAUGCAAAUUAUUUUGUAUUUUUAUAAACCCUCAAUAGUAGUUUUACAGCCAUGUUACCCUUUACAAACAGCAAUAUUUUGUACUUUAAACAGCAACCUCUAUUUUAAACAUAUUUUUGUUACACUUGAGAAAUCAAUGUUUAUCCUGUAAUGUAAUAUUUUUAGAA